AUGGAGAAUCGGAAAGCUGUCGGACCGGACGAGGUGCCAAUUGAAGCGUGGAAAGCGUUGGGGGCUCGUGGUGUGUGCAUUCUUACUAACCUUUAUAAUAGAAUCCUGAGCGACCGAAUAAUGCCCGAUCAGUGGCGGCUUAGUAUAAUAACGCCGGUCCACAAGGGUAAAGGGUUCGUUCAGGAUUGCGGUAAUUACCGCGGUAUAAAGAUGACGUCACACAUCAUGAAGCUCUUCGAGUGCAUUAUUGACACCAGGAUCCGACAGGAGUAUACAGUAUCGGACUCCCAGUACGGUUUCCAACCAGGACGCGGUACCAUGGACCCUAUAUUCGCCCUAAGGAUCCUCUGCAUUUUUUAUUCCUAG